CCUCCGCUUUGCAGAAUCCAAUAUGGCGGGAUCCAGGCACAGGGGUCCUCAGAGCAGAGCUCAGCUGCUUUUCGGCGCCUUGCUGCUGUCCUUUAGUCAAUUCGUCGGGGGUGACGGCGUGGGAGGAGACCCUGCGUCCGCCGGUGCCGCGGGCACCCCAGCCACGCUGCCACAUCGCCGUUUCGAAUACAAAUACAGCUUCAAGGGGCCGCACCUGGUGCAGAGCGACGGGACCGUGCCUUUCUGGGCCCACGCGGGGAAUGCUAUUCCAAGUUCAGAUCAAAUUCGAAUAGCACCAUCUUUAAAAAGCCAAAGAGGGUCAGUGUGGACAAAGACAAAAGCAGCCUUUGAGAACUGGGAAAUUGAAGUGACAUUUCGAGUGACUGGAAGAGGUCGAAUUGGAGCUGAUGGCCUGGCGGUUUGGUAUACAGAAAGCCAAGGUUUGGAUGGUCCCGUGUUUGGAUCAGCUGAUAUGUGGAAUGGUGUUGGAAUAUUCUUCGAUUCUUUUGACAACGAUGGGAAGAAAAAUAAUCCUGCUAUAGUAAUUGUAGGCAACAAUGGACAAAUUAAUUAUGACCAUCAAAAUGACGGUGCUAACCAGGCUUUGGCGAGUUGCCAGAGGGACUUUCGUAAUAAACCCUACCCUGUCCGGGCAAAGAUCACAUAUUACCAGAAAACACUGACGGUGAUGAUCAAUAACGGCUUCACACCAGACAAAAACGACUACGAAUUUUGUGCCAAAGUGGAGAACAUGGUUGUCCCCGCACAAGGGCACUUUGGAGUAUCCGCUGCAACUGGAGGUCUCGCAGAUGACCACGAUGUCCUUUCUUUUCUGACUUUCCAGCUGACUGAGCCGGGGAAAGAGCCGCCUACACCAGAUAAAGAAAUUUCAGAAAAAGAAAAAGAAAAAUAUCAGGAGGAAUUCGAGCACUUUCAACAAGAACUGGAUAAAAAAAAAGAGGAAUUUCAGAAGGACCACCCUGACCUUCAAGGGCAACCCACGGAUGAAAUAUUUGAGAGUGUAGGAGAUCGUGAACUGAUACAAAUCUUUGAAGGACAGAAUCGUAUUCAUCUUGAAAUCAAGCAGCUGAACCGCCAGUUGGACAUGAUUCUCGAUGAGCAGAGAAAAUACGUGUCUUCCUUGACGGAGGAGAUCUCCAAAAGAGGAGCCGGAAUCCCGGGGCAGCAUGGACAGGUCUCCCGGCAGGAGCUGGACACUGUUGCGAACACUCAGCAUGAGAUCCUGAGACAAGUCAAUGAAAUGAAGAACUCCAUGAGCGAAACUGUCCGGCUGGUGAGCGGCAUGCAGCACCCUGGGUCUGCAGGGGGCGUCUACGAGACCACCCAGCACUUCAACGACAUCAAGGAGCACCUGCACCUGGUGAAGCGGGAGGUGGAGAACCUGGUGCAGCGGAACGCGCCGGCAAACGAAAGACCCAAGUGCCCAGACCUGCCGCCGUUUCCGUCCUGCCUGUCCACGGUCCACUUCGUCGUGUUCGUGGUGGUGCAGACGGUGCUGUUCAUCGGGUACAUCAUGUACAGAACUCAGCAAGAAGCAGCUGCCAAAAAAUUCUUUUGACCACCAUUUUCAUAUGUGUACAUCAUGUAUGUAUGUACAAAAUGUCUUUUUGAGGGAUUGUAAGUAUUUAAAUUGCUUCAUAGGCUAAAUUAUUCAGUUUUGUAUAAAAUAACUUUGAACAUUGAUUUGCAGUAAGAGACCUUAAAACAACCACGUGUAAAUUUGUUCAUAGUACAUAAAAUCUAUUUAAAUUUCAGUGAAUUUCUGGCCAGUAGAAUACAGCCACUGAUCUUCAAUAUUCUUAUUGCUAAUAAGAGGGUAAAUAAUAGAAAAUGGGGGAAACCCCAAAUAUGAGAGUUAGCCCCUAAGUUUUGGAUGUUGGAGGUUUCUGUAUUUCAUAAAACACAUUAGCCCUCCUGCCCCCCAAAACAGGAGGUCAGACUAAGAGCUCCGCAUCAUGACUAGUUGGUAACCCCAGUCUUUUUUAAGAGGUCAGAAUUCCGUGCUCAGAGACCCAACCCCUCGGUCCUGCAAUCUGAUACCGUUCCCUUCGAAAUCAAGGACUGUUUUGUCUGAGCGUGUUAGGAUCUGGAUAACGGGCUUCAGAAUGUUUAUUGAAGUAUUUUUCCCUCUGAUUAUCAAUGAAAUUUUGGGGGGACAUUAAGAAUUGCUCUUUGCCAAAAAGAAAAAAGAGAAAAAUGUGGUGAACACAUCCCUCUGACGAUCGCCGCUGUGGGUGCUCUGCCUGGUGACGUGUUCACUCUGUGAUCGCUCAGGCUCGAAUGUCUUCGUUCUGACGUGUCGGUUCAACAUUACGGAAAUAACGUUUGCACCUGUAUUUGUGAUGAAGGAACUUCUACCCCGUUGUGCAGCUUCUGAGUUCAGCUCAGAGUGCGUGCGCAGGGGACGUUUCGGUUCACAAGCCCCCGCUGCCCUGCCCCGCGUCACUCGGCGUCCGCGGCUCCGCGCUCCUGCGCACCAGGGAGGCUGGCCUUGCCUGGGGGCGGUGUGCUACCAUGUCUGGAGGCAAAAUUUGGAAAAUGGAGUUAAUACUUCUGCCUUUUUUCCCCCUUUUAACGCCAGAACUGAGGAUACUGUAUGGCACUUGUCAAAAAACUUAAGCUGGAAGUGCCAGGCUGGAAGGGGUUGGUAACGUCUCUGUACAGAGGUGCAGCUAUUACAGAAACGGUCUGUCAGCGACAUUGUCAAGUGCGCUUCCUCUUGUCUUCACAGCUGAUGCUCUUACUUUUGCUGCCUCCACUCACCUCCCUUAGUUCCCUAAAAGAGAUAGAUGUCUUCCUUUGUUGUAGAAUCCAGAGUAAUACUGCUUUGUAAAAUAGUGUUACUGAAUCCUUCCAAGCCGUCAUGAGUCUGUGCUGAGAUGUCACUCACAGGCCGGGCGGACGGCCCGGAGUCCGCACAGAGACUUGGAAGCACACUCCGGCAUGGCAGCACCUGCCCUGUCUGUGUCGGCCCUUGUCACGGGGGCCGGCCAAGGGCCCUCUAACCGCCACCACCAACUCCCCCCGUCGGGCACUUCAGCGUGCCUCGCCGGUGUUCUCCUGGCAGCGUUAGCAUUUCCAAGUUCAGGUUUCAGAGACAUCGUCGUCUCACAGAACUUACUCCUCCUGGAAAAAAAAAAGAAUGCCUUCAGAAGAGUUUCAGUUGUAGGCUGUGAACUUGGGAAGUCCUUGAGAUGAAAGACUUCCAGGUGUUCAGUGUUAAAAAGUCCCCAGUCACAGGAGCCUGAACCCCUCGGAGGACCCAGACCCACGCAGCCCGUGGUCCGGGCUGAAGCCCCGGCGGCGGCAGCAACCCGACCGCACCCUGGGGACGCAGACCCUGUCGUGGGAGAGCGAGCGCUGACUCUUCCCUCCCUGGCAACGCCCUUUGCAGAAAACCACUCGGCAGAGUCGGUCACACCGCUGUUUAUUGUGUUGUUUGACAUUUGUUUUCCUUUCCUCAAAACAAUGGACUUUAAUUCAUUUCUGAAGAAAAAUGUUUGCUCUCUGGAAAAAUCAGUCACUGCCAGAUUCUUUCAUUUCUGUACUGUUUUGUAUAAUUGAAUUUGUUAACUUCUCUCACACCAGCAAGUAUUUUUACAGGUGCCUUCAAUUAAAACAAAAAUGAUUUAAAAUUUUAGUGUAAGUCAUACGUAUAAUGCCACUUUUAAGCAGAAACGCUAGUACGUAAUGCCCAAUACCCAUUUAAUGUAUCUAUUGUGUUCCAAUUGUUUGGAUGUUUUACUCGGCUUGCGGCUUUACUAUGAAGCUGCAAACAAGACACAGUUUUUGUUGUGUGUUAAAGGAAAUCUGUUUCUCACAGUGUGGUCCGUCCGGGUCACGGGGUGCUGGCUAAGAACACAUGCUCGGGCCCCGUCCCAGACCGCCUGAACCAGCCCUCGGGGCGGCCUCAGAAGUGGGUGCGGCAGGCCCCCCGGGUGGCUCUGAGCGCACCGGUGUCUGAGAGCCACUGGGAAGGGCAGCGGGGAAACGAGCGUGGUUCGCUGGCCUCGCUGGCCGGCAGCUGAGCCGGGAGCAGAGCCCUUCCUCCGACCGCCGUGACGGCAGCCCACGCGCACUGACUCCUCCUGCUUGCCGUCUACUCAGUGAUCCUUCCACCAGGGCUGGCGGCGCCGCACACCAAGCCCGACCGCUGCCUGUGGCUCUUUGUGCUGUGGUGAAUGGCUUUUCCACUGACAAAAUCAUUUCCAGAUCUCACGUUCACGCCGUGGAAAACUCCCGUCUUCCCGUCUGCCUGCUGAAGCUUCUCGCUCUCCUGAUUGGGCUUUUUCAACAUUUUAUCUAGGACCAUUGUACUUUUUGAUAACUUGGGGGGAACAAAACUUACUUGAAUCAGGGGUUGCCAGACCCGCUGCAUCGCGGAGGCGCGGGGUCUUUGUCAAGAACCUGAUCACGGUCGUGAGCGCUCAGAUGUGAUUGUCUUAGAUUUCCCGCCCGGGUGCUCCUCGCGGGGCGAUGGUGAACAGGUGAUUAUACUGGGAUCUUUUUACUCACACGAUCUAAUGUGAAAUCGCCACUUGCAACUUUUUAGAUCUGUAUGUUGCCUUUUUAAUAUAUUUCUUUGAAAGUUUUAAAGAGUUUUCUAUCCCCUGUUAAUUUCAAUUGGGUAACAUUUUGUCAAGUGUUUUUUUUUUUUUCCUUUCGGAUUGUUAUUUGAUGCUAGCUGGAAUUCCAGAAAUGACAUUGACCUUAUUCAAAUAAAGAAAUAUUUUAGUAAA